CUUCCGGGGUCAGAGGUGCAGGCGGGCGGGUGGUGUGCAGCUCCGGAUUAGGUUCUGGAGGCCACAGGCUGCGCGGCGGGGUCGCGUCCCGUGCGGCGCGGUCGGCGUGCCGGGUGUGGGCGGCGCGGCGGGAGCAGCUCCAUUCUGUUCUUGUGGCUGCAAGGCUGUUGGAUUUCUUCACAAUUUUGAACCUGUUGGUUUUCAGGACAGUUUAUUGGUGCUGGGGAGAAGAAGGUGCCACUUGAAGAAUGGACGAUGAUGAUUUUGGUGGUUUUGAGGCUGCAGAGACUUUCGAUGGUGGAAAUGGUGAGACCCAAACAACGUCUCCUGCUAUUCCUUGGGCUGCCUUUCCUACAGUUCUUUCCUCUGUGUUGUCCUUUAGUAUCUGGAGUCCAUCUGUCACCAGCUUCUCCUGAGCAGGUUUUGGACCAUGACCACUCAUCUCCUUCAGUGGGCUGCCUUUCUCCUGAUGCCAUUCUCUCCUCCCCAGAGAAUGCACACACGGACAAUAGCAUCGUGAGCAACGCUGUUCCGAAAGCACAGGUUCAGCAGUCAACACGCACUCAUCUAGAUAUCCCGCUUUUUCCAUUGGGUUUAUCUGUUGAGACAAGCGAUGGAACAGUUGCUCUUGUGGAUGAUUCUGAGGAUCCUGCAGGAAAUGUUUCAAACAUCCAGCUUCAGCAAAAAGUUUCAGAUCUGGAGAUGAAACUCAAAAUGUCUGAAGAAGAAAAACAAAGGAUUAAAAAGGAUGUAGAAUCAUUGAUGGAAAAGCACAGUAUCUUAGAAAAAGACUUUCUAAAAGAAAAAGAACAAGAAGCCAUUUCCUUUCAAGAUAGAUACAAAGAACUGCAGGAAAAACAUAAACAAGAAUUGGAGGACAUGAGGAAAAUGGGCCACGAAGCACUUGGUAUCAUUGUGGAUGAAUAUAAGGCACUACUACAGUCUUCAUUGAAGCAACAAGUAGAAGCUAUUGAAAAACAGUACAUCUCUGCAAUUGAGAAACAAGCACACAAGUGUGAGGAGCUGCUCAAUGCUCAGCAUCAGAGGCUCCUUGAAAUGCUAGAUAGAGAGAAGGAAAUGUUAAAAGAAAAAAUAAAUGAAGCCUUGAAUCAACAAUCUCAAGAACAGAAGGAAAUAUUGAAAAAAUGUUUGGAAGAAGAAAGGCAAAAACAUAAGGAGGCGUUAGAAUCUUCUGCAAAGCUAGAGCAAGAAGCAAUGAAAGAAGUAGUUAUGAAAGCCAUAGAAGAAGAAAGAAAGAAUUUGGAAAAAGCUCAUGCAGAAGAAAGGGAAUUAUGGAAAACAGAACAUGCAAAAGAUCAAGAAAAUGUAUCUCAGGCCAUUGAAACAGCUAUACAAGAACAAAGAAAAAUAAGUCAGGAAACUGUUAAGGCAGCAAUAAUAGAAGAGCAGAAGCAAAGUGAGAAGGCUGUGGAAGAGGCAGUGAGAAGAACAAGAGAUGAGCUGAUUGAGUAUAUAAAAGAACAGAAAAGGAAUUCUGAUUCUGUGCAUGAAUCCAGAUGAUGUAUGCAGCAGCCACAGAUUGAAUGCUAGUCAUACACUGAGAAUUUGUGCUGCACGCCCUCAGAAAAGUUUCUUCUAAUACCCAUCAAUUCUAAGAUAGGAAGUAAAUGUUUUUUUAACAGUGCUCCUGAUUGUUUUGAUGGAUUCUGAUUUUGAAUUGUUAAUGCUAGCACAUAAGCUAUAUGUACUUAGAGUAGGAAGUGUAAUAAGAAUACCUAUGAAACUGCUUUCACGCUGAAUCUUCACAUCUCAUCCUGCCUGACUCCACCCUCCAAAUAUAACUGCUUUUGGUCCUCUUGCCUAUGUAUGUAAUUAAAAAUAACAUACUUCUGAGGAUUGCUUGUUUUUUGUGUGUUUUAUGAAAAAAAUAGUAUAACACUGUCUCUAGUCUGCUAAUUUCCUUCUAAAAAUUAAUUUUGUUACAAGCACAUACGAAUAUUAUUCUGAAAUGCUGUACACUGGGAGUAUGUGACAUAUUAAGAUUUAUUAUAUACUCUAGUAAUUAAGCUAGCAUUAUAUUAGUGUAGAGAUUGGUGAAUUGUCCAAGGGAAAAGGGAACCCAAAGACAGACUUCUGCAUAUUUGGAAUCCCGGUUAGAAGUAGCAUGGCAGCUAGCACCUUCUUUAGCUCAAGCAAUUAACACAUGAAUACAGAAGAAUGUGCUGAGGAUGUUCAUUAAAGCAUUAUAAUUGCAAAGUAUGAGGAAUAAUCUAAAUGUCUGUAAACUGAAUGCUUUUUAAAUAAAUAUUAAGAUACUUUAUUGAUUACACAUAUUAAAUUGUAAAAACACAAUGGAAAUCUGUAUACCUGCUUACAAGGAGAAAACUGACCUUUUCAUACAUGGCAGUUAGGACUGAUACUUGGUAUGCUCACUCUGGAAAGAAGUUUGGUAAUUUCUGUUACAGUGUUCAGGGUAAGAUCUUGGUCCAUAGAAAUUCCACAUUAUCAGAAUCUGUAUAAGAGAAACCCUUCAACGUUUUCUGAAGGCUAUCCAUUGAUUAUUUUUAAUUUCCUUAUUGCUUCAAAAACAACAGCAACAACAAAUUUUGGAUAAAUCCACAUAUUUAUGAGAGAUAUGAGUGGCUAAAUGUUCUACUAAACCGUGUGAUGAUGUAAUUGUGCUGUUUUUCUGUACUAUAAAUUCUGUUAUACGCAUCUGUGAAAUUUAUAUGAUCUUUAUGGAUAUUUGGUCUGUAUGUUCAUAAGAACCAGCAUUUAAUAUUUUCUACAAGCACUCUGCUCAAAUAUACAGUAUUUCUCUAGUAACUGAAUACCAGUAUCAAUUGUAGAAUUGUAAUGCUUAUCUUAGAUGUUAGGCCAAAAGAAAUAGGGAUUCCAGUGUCACUCAGCUGAAAACAUUGAAUCAUCUCAUCUGAAAAUGUUUUUCUAGGAGGUUUCAGUGACAAUAUUCUUUAUACUUCAACUACAUUGCUUUUUCUCUACCACCACCCCCCUCCCCGCUUCCCCC